UUUUCAGACUUGUUGGUCCUGUGUGUAACACAGUACAAAGAGCAGGAAAUCCCUAAAUUGCUGUGGGAGGUGAUAGGCGGAACCAGGAAAUACAUAUGUGUGAAACACAUCCGAAACAGCUUUCAAACUGUCACUUCUUUGUCUCUGUUUUUCGAGCGAAACAUCCAUUGACUACGCUGAAGAACAUUUUGAAUAUGGUUUUAAUAGCCGCCUCCAAACUGAUUCUUUUGAUUGUCUUUGCGCAGGCCGUGCGUGCUGGGAAGGUUUUAGUGUUUCCCCACGAUGGCAGCCACUGGGUAAACAUGAAGAUCCUGGUUGAGGAACUACACUUAAGAGGCCACAGCAUUUCAGUAAUUCGAACUUCAGAAAGCUGGUAUAUUAAGGAAGACUCUCCUUACUAUCGUGCAAUUACUAUCGAUAUUGCAGGGGGAAGUGAAGAGGAUUUUUUCAGUUUGUUAGUUUCUAGACUCGUGCAGAUACAGAGACGAGGUGAAUCCGCAUGGACUCGCUUCAGUCUGGACAUGGAGCUGAAAGACCAGUUUUCAAAUAUGCACAGUAGAGUAUGCAAAAUGGUUACCCAUAUAUUUGAGAGUGAAGAUCUGAUGAAGUCCAUUAAAAACAGCAAAUAUGACCUGGUUCUUACUGACCCUGCCAACGGGGGAGGUGUUGUGCUUGCGCAUUAUUUAAAUGUGCCUCUUGUUUUUAAUGUUCGAUGGACUGUACAUGGUGAAGCUCAUUUUGCAAUUGCACCCUCUCCACUGUCCUAUGUUCCAUUUCCUAUUGCUGAGCUGUCAGAUAAAAUGACAUUCUUCCAGAGGGUCCGAAACCUGCUUGUUUAUGUCAUGAGGCUUAAUCUUUACAGACAGAUAGUGGGUCCUCAUUAUUCAGCACUGGUUCAUCGAUACUUUGGUCCGGACAUAGACUACUUCUCAAUGUUUCAAGCUGCUGACCUAUGGCUGAUGAGAGUUGACUUUGUGUUUGAGUUUCCUCGUCCCACCAUGCCUAAUGUUAUCUACAUGGGAGGGUUCCAGUGUAAACCUGCUAAGCCCCUUCCUCAAGACCUGGAAGAGUUUGUUCAGAGUUCGGGAGAGCACGGAGUCAUUAUAAUGUCUCUGGGGACCUUAGUAGGAAAACUUCCCCAUGAUCUUGUUGAUGAAAUAGCUGCUGCUUUUGCCCAACUUCCCCAGAAGGUGAUCUGGAGGCACACUGGAGAGAGGCCAGCUACUCUGGGCAACAAUACCUUACUAGUGGACUGGAUGCCACAGAACGACCUUCUAGGACAUCCAAAGACCAGGGUGUUUGUAGCUCACGGAGGAACCAAUGGUAUUCUCGAGGCUAUAUACCAUGGUGUUCCUAUGGACUGCUUGAACAGUAUACAGAUGCAUUCCUUUCAUCUUGUCAUCACCCUCCUGUUCCUCUUUCUCUCCAGCUCCCAUGCAGGGAAAGUCUUAUUAUUCCCAGUCGAUGGCAGUCACUGGAUUAAUAUGAAAGUCAUUGUCGAAGAACUGCUAUCAAGAGGCCACAAUAUUACAGUUGUGCGAUCUUCGGAUAGCUGGUACAUCAAGGAGUCAUCCCUCUACACUUCAAUUACCAUCGACACCGGAGGUGGAUUUGAUGAGGAUUUUUCUAAAAAUUUUGUGUCAAAUCUCAUUGAGAUUCAGCGAGGAGGAAAGUCUUCCUGGGCUCGUUUUAUGAUGGACCUGAAAACCAUGGAAAAAAUCACUGAAAUGCAUGUGACUGUAUGCAGAAUGCUCACCCACAUGUUUGAGAACAAAGAACUGAUGCAAUCUCUACGAGAUGAAAAUUAUGACUUAGUUUUGACAGACCCUGCUAUGGGGGGUGGAGUAUUCCUUGCCCAUUACCUUAGUUUACCUCUUGUUUACAAUGUGAGGUGGCUCUGCCAGGGUGAAGGUCAUUUUGCCAUUGCUCCUUCACCACUAUCCUAUGUUCCAUUACCAGGGUUAGAGUUAACAGACAGAAUGAGCUUUCUUCAGAGGGUUUGGAAUGUGUUAAGUUACAGCAUCUCGUACUUGCAGGUCGCAGUUUAUAUAGGCCCUCACUAUUCAGUAUUAGCUCACCGCUUUUUUGGCCCUGAUGUUGAUUAUUUCACAUUAUUUCAAGCUGCAGACUUGUGGCUCAUGAGACUUGACUUUGUGUUUGAGUUCCCUCGUCCCACCAUGCCUAAUGUUAUCUACAUGGGAGGGUUCCAGUGUAAACCUGCUAAGCCCCUUCCUCAAGACCUGGAAGAGUUUGUUCAGAGUUCUGGAGAACAUGGAGUCAUUAUAAUGUCUCUGGGGACCUUAGUGGGAGAACUUCCAUAUGAUCUUGCUGAUGAAAUAGCUGCUGCUUUUGCCCAACUUCCCCAGAAGGUGAUCUGGAGGCACACUGGAAAGAGGCCAGCUACUCUGGGAAACAAUACCUUACUAGUGGACUGGAUGCCACAGAAUGAUCUUCUAGGACAUCCAAAGACCAGGGUGUUUGUUGCUCAUGGAGGAACCAAUGGAGUUCAAGAGGCCAUGUACCAUGGAGUUCCAAUACUAGGACUUCCCCUGAUGUUCGAUCAACCUGACAAUCUUUCAAAAAUGUCUGCAAGAGGAGCAGCAAAGGUGGUUGACAUUUUCACAAUGGACAGAAACAUCUUCCUCCAGGGCCUUCAGGAAAUUAUUCAAGAUCCUUCCUACAGGAUGAACAUGCAGAGACUCUCCAAGCUGCACAGGGACCAGCCAAUAAAACCCUUGGACCUUGCUAUUUUCUGGAUUGAGUUUGUCAUGAGACAUAAAGGUGCAGCUCACCUCCGUACUGAGUCCUACAGAAUGCCCUGGUACUCCUUCCACUCUGUUGAUGUUGUUGUGUUUUUGCUCACUGCUUUCAUAAUAAGUCUGUUGAUUUUUGUUCCCCUUAUCAGGUGUUGCUUUAGAAUGUGUUUCAAGCUAAAAUAUAAAAAUGAGUAACCUUGAAUUGCCUUUGGAACGGUCGUGUCAUUAAUGUGAAAGUAAUGUUAUGUAUUACUUCACGUUAACCUUCUUGUACUCUUUAUGUGGCAAAUGUCUUCAUAUGCUUCCAUAAUAAAGUAUUUGAACAAAGUUCAA